GCACCCAACUGUUUUGGUCAAAUUACACUGUCUAUGCGUUUUUUUAAAGGUCUCUGUGUGUUUAAUGGCGUCCUCAGGUAAAUGAUUACGACUCCAAGUGCUCGCUGAUUUCAGUUGCAUUUCUCCUGCCCCCGAGUAGAUUCCCGCGAUUGGAACCGGAGGCAGAAGCUUCUUCGCCGGUAUGGCUCUGGGGUUGAGUUCCGGCGACGUCGCCGGAUUCAAGGUGCUCUUCUCUCUCGUCGUCCUCUACGGACUCAUAUCACUUCUGGCCUACUCCGUUCACCAGCUGAAGUUCAUCACGCCUCUCGGCAUCGAUGCCCCACUCGAUCGAUUCUCCGAAGCCAGGGCCAUCGAACACGUCCGCGUCUUAGCGGAAGACAUCGGCGGCCGCCAGGAAGGGACUCCGGGCUUGAGACAAGCUGCUGAAUAUAUAAAAACCCAGUUAGAAACCAUGAAGGAGCGCGCUCAGCUUAAUGUUCGAGUAGAGAUAGAAGAGACCGUAGUAAACGGUUCUUUCAGCAUGGUCUUUUUAGGUUACAGCAUAUCAUUUGCUUAUAGGAACCAUACUAAUAUCAUGAUGAGAAUCUCAUCACUGCAAUCAGGAGAUAAUGACCCAUCAGUCUUAGUAAAUGGCCACUUUGAUACAACACCUGGUUCUCCAGGAGCUGGUGAUUGCGGCUCAUGCGUUGCUGCAUUACUUGAAUCAGCCAGACUUACAAUCGAUUCGGGCUGGGUUCCUCCUCGACCACUUAUAUUUCUAUUCAAUGGUGCAGAAGAACUAUUCAUGCUGGGUUCACAUGGGUUCAUUACAUCACAUAGAUGGCGUGAUACAAUUGGAGCAUUCAUAAAUGUUGAGGCUUCUGGAGUAGGGGGCCCUGAUUUGGUAUGCCAAUCUGGACCUGGAUCUUGGCCAUCACAAGUCUAUGCACAGGCAGCUUUAUAUCCUACCGCAAAUAGUGCAACUCAGGAUGUUUUUGGGUUCGUUCCUGGCGAUACAGAUUACAGGAUGUUUGCUCAAGACUAUGGAAAUAUUCCAGGACUGGAUGUCAUCUUCCUCCUAGGGGGAUAUUUUUAUCAUACGUCCUCUGAUACUGUUGAAAGACUAUUGCCUGGAAGCAUGCAGUUGCGUGGGGAAAAUUUGUUCAGUCUGAUCAAAGCCUUCUCCAACUCAACUGAACUUCGGAAUGCACAUCAGCGCAAAGUGCAUGCAUUCUCUCAACAGGGUUUAGCUGAUGAACAUGCAGUUUACUUUGAUUUUUUUUCUUGGGUUUUGAUACUAUACUCUAGAAAGGUAGCCGUCCUGCUUCAUAGUAUUCCUCUUGCUAUCUUUUUUCUUAUGCCACAUCUCUUACGCUUUCAAGCUUGGGGAUUGAUUAGUUCUUCUGCAACCUUUUUUGAUUUUAUUAAGGGGAUGAUAUAUCAUGUGGCUGGGAUUGUUCUAGCCAUUGUAAUUCCUGUAAUUAUUGCUGUUUUGAACUUGUUUUUUUCUGGUCAUUCAAUGAACUGGUUUGCAAGUCCAUACCUAGCAUUUGGGAUCUUUGUACCCUUCUCACUUAUUGGAUUGUUGAUCCCCCAGUUUGUUUGUAGAGAUUUUCCUCUCAGUCAGAAUCUCUCUCAUGGAAUAUCAUAUCAGGAAUUGGUUACCGAAGCUAGAUUUUGGGGAGCUUUUGGAUUUUACUCCAUAGUUACAUUGGCAUACAUUGUAGCUGGGCUUAAUGGAGGCUUCAUGACUUUUCUAAUCCUAGUUUUCAUGAUUCCAGCUUGGAUUUCCUUCUUCCUAUGCAGCAAGGCUUUUGGCCAUGAAUCACUCAGAUCAACUGCAUCUUAUGUAAUCUCUUUGAUUCCCUGUCUGAUGUACGCGGUUUACUUCGGCGGGUUUCUGAUCAUUUUUGUGCUUGAGAAAAUGGGCAUGUCGGGCUCUCAUCCUUCUCCAUAUGGCAAUUUUAUUCCUGAUGUUCUAGUAGCUGCUGUGAUUGGAGUUGUAAGUAGUUGGUGUAUUGGGCCUCUUAUACCUGUUGUUGGCCAACAUUUAGCUAGACAAUCCAUAAUGCAAUUAUUGCUGCAAGUUGGUAUCCUUUCCUUGGCCGUGUCAUCACAAUUCUUUCCAUACAGCACUGAGGCGCCUAAAAGAGUUGUUUUUCAACAUACAAUUUGGAAUGCAGGUUUUUGAACUAUAGCCUGCAUUUUUGUAGUAUUGUCUCUCUGUAGCUCAUUGCCUUAAUGCAUUAGUUUGUUGCAGCCACAUGUUUGCUUGUGUCUUUCAUGCUCUCGCCUUUGUCAUUAUUUUCUUUUACCUGUUUUGUUGUAUUCCUUUUGUUUUGAGCCUGAGGUCUCUUGGAAACCUCUCUACUUCCACGGGGUAAGGUCUACGUACACUCGCCCUCCCAGGUCCCAACCUUGUGAUAUUUUACUGGGUUUUUGUUGUUUCCUCGUAGCUCUAAAAUUACCUCACGACAUAAACAAUAGUGAAAAGCAAAUUCUACAUCUUUGCAGAUAAACCAUGGUCAGCAUGUUGAAAAUCUUGAAAAUGGAUCAUUGUUGUGAAUAUCUUCAUUAUGGAUAAGUGGUGCAGAUAUUUAACCAAAGUUUCCAUUAAAACUCCAUGCCUUAGUAUUUUAUUAACAAUUGUACCAUGUGUUUGUUUGUAUAAGAAGCUUCAAUCAGUAUUUCCUAAUGUCAUGAUCUCUUAUGCAUGUUUAAAUGUGCUGUAGACUGUAAUCUGGGACUGUUUUGUACUUUAAUGAUCUGUCUUGUUAUUCUGCUAGAUUCCAGUCAAAUUCUGAGCUCUAGUUAUGACUUUGCCACAACUGAUUCCAACUCUAUGCUUUUUGUAUUCAAACAUGCACCUGAAUUGACAAGGGAACUGCAUACCGAUACAAAUUUUUCUUUUCACAGUGUUGAUAAGGCUCACCCCGAUGAUUGGAUGGUAAUUAAUUUUGUCAUUUUUU